AUAUGUGGCUUGUCCCUACAAAAGCCCUCCUAUAGCCAUGCACUCACAGCAUGCACAUGCAUGCAAUCGCACACACACACAUCUCCCCUGGCACAGCGGGGUGAUGCUCCAUCUCCCCCAACACCCUGUCCGCACUCCCGAUCUGAUGUGGGGUGCUGUGCUCUGUGCCCACAGGGCAACCCACUGCAGCAUGUUAUGGGGGAAUGGGGUGCUGGGGAGGCUGGGGGUCAUGCCAAGCACUGCCACCAGCUCCCCCAUGUCCCCCGGCUGCUCAGGGACAUCCCACAGCCCAACAUGCCCCCCCCAGGAGCCAGGAGGGUGUGGGGAGUCACAGUCUCCUGCUCAGCAUCACUUCCUACUUUCGUUUUGGUGCUGAGCAGAGGCCUGGCCUGGGGGAGGCGGAUGGCCCCCAGUCCUCUCCCGUGUGGCACAGGUACAAAAAGAGAAGCAGGCGGGUGCAGUGUGGGCGCAGGGACACGCCAGCAUCCCCCCGGCACCCAGCGAGCACCUCAGAGCACCCCACGGCUCUCCAGCCAAAGACCCCCAGGGGACAGCCAUGUCAGGGGACGGGGAGCUCAACCGCGUCAUCAAGGACCUGCAGAAGACUGUGGCUGAGCUGAACCACAGCUAUCAGGAGCAGAACCUACCGGUGACAGAUGGGAGCCGGGAGCUGCACAGCCUCUGUGCCCAGCUGGAGUUCCUCCUUCAGUUUGACAUGAAGGAGAAGAGGAGCUUCUUCGGGCAGCGCAAGGACUAUUGGGACUUCUUGUGUCAGGGUCUGGCACGGUGCCGGCAGGAGCAUGAGGGCAUUCGCUUUGUCACCUCCCUGGACAAGCUGAAGACCCCCGUGGGCAGGGGUCGAGCCUUCCUGCGGUACUGCCUGGUGCACCGACAGCUGGCAGAGUCCCUGCAGCUCUGCCUCCUUGACCCUGAGAGCCUCCGUGAGUGGUACUAUGCCCGCAGCCCCUUCCUGAGCCCCCAGCGCCGGGCAGAGAUCCUGGUCAGCCUCUAUGAGCUGGAUGGCAUCACCUUCCGCCUGGCCUUGCACAGGGCUGACCUGGACAUCGCCUGGCCCAUGUUCUCUGAGACACUGGUACGGCCCAAUGUGAUGGCUGGGAGCAGCCCAGCAAAGACAGCCCUGCCAGACAACACCAGCAUUAAGGCACAUGGAUGGUCUGAUGGCAUUGCCCAUUCCACCACGGCACCCCAUGGGGUGCCAGCCCACCCAUGCUCACCCACCUUGGCCCUGAGGGCAGAGAAUGUAGAGGUGGAGAAUGCGGAAUGGGAUGUGGAGGACAAGGAGAUGAAGAAGAAUGUGGAAGAGGAAGGUGAAGAGGAGGUGGAGAAGGAUGAGAAGGAGGAAGAGGAAGAGGAUGAGGAGGAGGUGGAGGAUGCAGAGGUAGACGAGGAAAAUGUGCAGAUGGAGAAGGACAUGGAAGAGGAGGAUGAAGAGGAGCUGGAGGAGGAUGAGAAGGAGGUGAAGCAUGUGGAUGUGGAGGAGCUGAACAAUGCACAUGGCUCUGGCAAAGCACCCCAACCCAGCGGUGACAGGGAGCUGGGCACAUCCUCGUUGCCCAGCAUGGAGGUCAUUCCAGGUUCCCCACCACUGGUGCCCAGCCAGCCGAGCGGGACGGAGGCAUUCCUGCAGGCACUUGUGUCCCAGCUGCAGGCUGAGCUGGAGCAGCAGGAGGUGGCAUCGCGGGUGCUGGCAGCCCGGCUGGCAAGGGAGAAGCGGCGGCAUCGGCAGCGGGAGGAGGCCAGUGCCCGGUGGGCCCAGCUGCAGGCACAGGAGGCUGAGGCCCUGCGGGAAACCAACACCUUCCUGGUGCAGGCACUGGAGGCAACGGUGGCAGCGGGGGACCCAGGGGCGCUGGUGCGGGCACAGGAGGAGGCACAGGGCUGGCGGGAGGCGGCAGAGGAGCGGGACGCCCGCCUGGCCGGGGUCCUGGCAGAGGCAGCAGCACUGGCCUCACGCCUGCGGGACUGCCAGGUGGCACUGGCGGCAGCAGAGGGACGGCCGGAUGCACUAGGUGAUGCUGGUGCCCCAGACGAGGUGGCCACUGUGAAGGAGGUGCUGCAGCGGGCACUGGAGCUUGCCCGCAGGGCACAGGAGCCCCCACUGGACCUCCAGGCAGAUGGAGAGCCUGUCACAGCCACUGGCAUGGCCAUGCGCUUGGCUGCUCUGGCUGCCACGGCGAGGGAGGAGGCCCAGCAGAGCCAGAAGCAGCUCCAGGCACAGCAGCAAGAGGUGGCACGGCUGCAGGAGCAGCUCAGCAGGGCCCGGCAGGACAGGGAGCGCUGGGCAUCAGCACUGCAGCGGGCGCAGCGGGAGGCCCUGGAGCGGGAGGCCACGCGCGGUGCCGAGCAGGCACGGCAGCAGGAGCUCAUCCGUGACAUGAAGGGGCGGCUGCUGGAGCUGCUGCGGGAGAAAGAUGCCCUGUGGCAGAAGACGGAGGGCAUCGACAACCCGGUGUCCAGCCCAGCACCCCGCGACACAGGCUCUGCCACGGCAAGGUGUGCCACACAUGCUCCGUGGAUGUGGGCAAGCAUGGGCGCUGCUGUCUGCUGUGCUACCAGCAAAGGCACCCACAGACUACAUGAGCUAGGACUGCAUCCCUUGCACCACGCCUUGGACGCAUCCUGCCCUGGCUGCCUCUUUUUGGACUUACAGGGGACCCAGGUGUCCAGAGCUUGCAGGCAGGUCCUGUUGCCCAACAUUUCAGGUUUGAGAACUGUCUUUCCUGUGGCUGGUCCACAGAGAGGAAAACAAUCUGCUCCUGCUACCUCUGUGGCUCCUGUGUCAUCUAUCAGCCAUUGCCAGAUUAAGCCUCAGGCUGGGUGUGGGUUGGGGGGAUGCCGGUAUGGGGAUGUCCAAGCCCUCCCGGGGUGAACCAUCCUCAUAAGGGGCAUCCAAGCUGCACCCACACUGAGCUGCUGCCUGCCCCGUCCUGCAGCAGGGAGGCAGCAGCAGGCAGGGCAGGGAGCUCUUGGCCAACAGCCCUGGCUUCCUGCCAGGCUGCGAGAAACUGCUUAGGCAAGAGGUUUCCCAGAUACAAAGGUGAUGGGCUGUCCCUGCCCAGAACCCCCAGUGAUCCUGCCCAGCUCCAAGUCCCCAGGACUCCCUGCAUGGGUACCAUGGGACCCCUGUACCCACCCAUGAGGUGGCCCAUGGCUGGCACCCACUGAUGCCCCCAUGGUUAAGGACUCCCAGAAGCCUGGAUUAGGGGGGAUGGAGGAGCAAUACAGGACUCCUAUGGAGAGAUGCUUGCACAUGCUGGGGCAGGCACCCUGAUAUCUGGCACACAGGGUGGUAGGAGGGACCCCAGCAGGGUCACGGUCCCCUCUUCAGCCCCUCUGCCCCACUCCAGUAUCAGCCCCAGUUGCCCAAGCCAAGGCGGAAACAUCCUGGUUGUGUAAGGGACAGGUUCCCAGCCGCUUGCACAAUUAUGUCCUGGCACUGCAGAGCUGGAGGGAUAGGGGGUGCCCUGGGUGAUGCCCCACCGUUUGGACAGGGGUCACAGGGCUGGCUCAGUGUCAGUGAGGGGCUGCCCAGAGAUCUUGAACUAAUUUGCUUCAGUGGGGCUCAGAUUGGGGUCAGGAAAGAGGCAGCUUUGUCCUCAUGUGGGACAGACACCACACAGGGACCCUUGCAGAGGGGAAGUGCCAGAACCUCGUUAGGCGACUGCAGGGAGUGAGAUCUGGGUUUCGGUCCCCUCUGGGGAGGCAUAAGACACUGAACCCUCUGCAAGAGCCUCUUGGGUAACAGCCCUUCCCUGGCCUGAAAA